AUGGACAAAGUGCUCAGCAGCCUCCUGCUUCUGGGAACCGCAGUGAUGAUGGCCCACGCAUGCCCCAAGUACUGUGUCUGCCAGAACCUGUCCGAGUCCCUUGGCACCCUCUGCCCAUCCAAAGGCCUACUCUUCGUGCCUUUAGACAUCGACCGGCGGACCGUGGAGCUCCGCCUGGGCGGAAACUUCAUCCUCAAGGUCACACCGCAGGACUUCGCCAACAUGACGGGCCUGGUGGACCUCACCUUGUCCCGCAACACCAUCAGCGCCAUCCAGCCUUUCUCCUUCCUCGACCUGGAGACCCUGCGCUCUCUGCACCUGGACAGUAACCGCCUGACCGAGCUGGGUCCAGACGACCUGCGGGGCCUGGUCAACCUGCAGCACCUCAUCCUAAACAACAACCAGCUCAACCGCAUCUCCAAGAUGGCCUUUGACGAUCUGAUGCUGACGCUGGAAGACCUGGACCUGUCCUACAACAACUUGCGGGGCGUGCCUUGGGAGUCCAUCCGCAAAAUGGUCAACCUCCAUCAGUUGAGUCUGGAGCAUAACCUCAUCUCGCACAUCACAGAGGGAACGUUUAUGGACCUGGACAAGCUGGCGCGCCUGGACCUCACUUCCAACCGGCUCCAAAAGCUCCCGCCAGACCCCAUCUUCGCCCGUUCUCAGACUAAUGUAAUACUGAGCACUCCCUAUGCCCCUCAGCUUUCCCUGAGCUUCGGCGGAAACCCCCUGCACUGCAACUGUGAAGUGCUUUGGCUCCGGAGGCUGGAACGAGAGGACGAUAUGGAAACCUGCGCUUCACCCCCCAGUCUAAAGGGGCACUACUUCUGGUACGUGCGGGAGGAGGAGUUUGUCUGUGAACCGCCCCUGAUCACCCAACACACACACAAGCUUUUAGUGCUGGAGGGCCAAACAGCUAGCCUGCGCUGCAAAGCCGUCGGCGACCCGAUGCCGAUCAUACACUGGGUUGCCCCGGAUGACCGUUUGAUCAGCAAUUCGUCCAGAGCGACAGUGUAUGAGAACGGCACUCUGGAUAUUACCAUUACCACGUCCAAGGAUUACGGCACCUUCAAUUGCAUCGCAGCCAACGCCGCAGGGGAAUCCACCGCCUCUAUAGAACUAUCCAUCAUUCAACUCCCCCACCUCAGCAAUGGUACCAACCGCACAGCACAGCCCAAGUCCAGGCUCUCUGACAUCACCAGCUCUACCAAGACUAGUAAGGGGGAGUCCAAGCCUGUGCCGGAAAAGGUGGUAUCCAUAUCUGAGGUGUCCGCAUCCUCAGCUCUGGUCAAGUGGACUGUUAGCAAAACAGCACCCAAGGUCAAGAUGUACCAGCUCCAGUACAACUGCUCUGAAGAUGAAGUCCUGAUUUACAGGUAAAUAACAUUAAAAAUGUGUCUUUUUUUAGAAUAGACUUGAGGGUUUUUAUUAAUAUUGCUUAACAAGCCCCUAGGGCCCCUACUGACCUUCAGAACUUUAUAAUACUUCAAUUGUUCAUAACUAUUCUGUUGCUAUUUAGUCACUAAAUAAGUAUUGACACUCAUCUUUUUCCUUCUUGAGCAUAUGCUCUUGAACCUUUCCUCAACUUUUGCUUUUGAUAACCCAAUAAAGACAAGAGAUUCUUCAGAGAAUAACAAUACCUACCUACCCCUGCAAUUAACAAGCGGUUAGCCAGGCACUUCACCUCAAAAUUGCAGUGCAUAUUUUUUAUCAAAGUGAAACCAACCACAAAAAGAAUCCAACCUUUAAAUUAUUUAUUAAUUUAAUCAUAAGAACAAAGAGCAUUAUUUUCAUUUUCUAUCAACUAUUUAUCCCAAUCACAGCACCCAAGUCAAUUAGCAAUAAAUAGAUCACUUUUUUAGAAAGAAAUCUGUAGGCUCUGUGACAUUCAAUCUAUAAAAUGUCACCGCCAUCCAAACAUUUUCCAGCUUGGCAAAAUAAGUGCUUGCUUUAGUGAUGGAAGAGAUACAAACAACCACAAAUGUUCCCAGUAGAACAAAUGAACAGAAAACAGAGAAUAAGUAUAUGACAGUUAGCCUGGCACUACAACACUUUACAUGUAGGUUGCUCUUAUGCCUGUGUAGUAAUGUUGUAAUUACACUAGUAACAGCAUGUUUAAACCUAAUAGCAUUAGAAUUGCAUGGCAAUGGAGUGGGGAGGGAAUGUCAUGUCAAGAUUCCUAUACAUGUGGCUCACAAAAUACAUACUAUUUUGUCAUUCCCAUGAUCCAGUGUGUGCUUUUGAAAUGCCCUGACACGCAUUAAGUUCUUAAAUCGUAUAUAAUCCUGACAGCUAGGCAUUUCCCUCCAUUGUUCACAGGAUAUAAAUCAUCUGCUGCAGCAAAAUUAUCGGAACGGAUACCCCGCCGCAUAUCUGACUCCAUCGCUAUAAGAAGUUAAGGGAAACACAUUGAACGCAUCUAGACUAGCAGGCCCGAGAGUAAACAAUAUAUCUCCCCUGCCUCCCUAUAACGCUAUGUGAUUAAAGGUGCCUAGAGAUUGCCCCUAGAGAUUAACUACCCUUAGUAUGUUAAUGACAUUAUUGGGAUGCAUCAAAAUUGUGCGGGAAUUGAUAAAGCGGCAGUUACAGUAAGUAAUGUGUCGGCCAUAAACCUUCGGAAACACUUGAAAUUGAAUACCAAUACUUUACCUUAUAAUGGCCCGACGUGCCCUGCGAGAUUGACCUCUUAUACAAGUCCCGACUUCUGAAUUGUUUAAUAACAUAGAGCAGACACUAUGGAGAUCUGCUGUUUCUUAUCGGUUUACUAGGUGAAUGCGAAUUGAAAUCAUGCACAGCGUUGGGUUGAGAUAUUACAUUGCUCAAAAGACUGAAUAGAACUCAUCAUCUCUAAGAAUACAAUAAUAGGAUACAUUUAUCUGAUUUGAUCGUCAGGCAUAUUCAAUGCUAGUUUUUCCACCCUGCUCUCGUACAGACCAAAAGUAAUAUAAUUUCCUCUAUAUAGCUAUAGCUUUUCUCUGUCCAAUGAAUGUGGCGGGUGUGUGACUCAACUGUAUUUCCACCAACCUACAAUUUAUAUUAAUGCAUUCUUAUCCCUGCAUUUCUACAAAUUUGUUUACAUACACUGGCGCUGAAAAUAUUGCAGAUCCAAGUUAGGAAUACUGUAUAUAUGUAUAAAGUUCUGGACUUAUUCAUCUGGAGCGGGUGUUGUUGUAAAAUGGCUGGUUUCUUCCAUAUCUCAGUCAAACAGCUUACAUUUCCAUUGCUCAUUAAUUUGCAACAGCCAAUUAAUUACCCAGGGAUGAUAAAUGAGUAACAUUGAGUAUAAUUAAGACCUUGUCUUAAUGACUUUGUUGUGUUAGCAUCUGUCCAUCGAUAUGCAUUAAAUAAUCAUGGAGUACAAAAUCAAUUAAUGUCCAAUGGACUUCACACGGGCCCCCUGUAGCUCAGUUGGUAGAGCAUGGCGCUUGCAACGGCAGGGUUGUGGGUUCAUUUCCCACGGGGGGCCAGUAUGAUAAUGUAUGCACUCACUAACUGUAAGUCGCUCUGGAUAAGACCGUCUGCUAAAUGACUAAAAUGUUAAAUGUAAGAUUAAGAUAUGUUCUGCUUUGUAGGAGAAAGCUAAAUGAUUAGUUUCUCACAUUCAUGUCACUUUACAAUGGCAAGUGUUUUCAAAAAUACAUUUUAGGUGAUUCCAGUAUAAAAUGUAGCCCACAAGUUUAGGGUUAUCACUAGUAACAUUCGUCUAGGAACUGCAUCAUCUGAGCCACAACUUUCAUAGUGAAAAUGUGUUUAUUUUCCAAUGCACAUGAGCCCUCACUCAGCAUGUGGUGUAACUCACUCGACCCUAAAGCUAAUAAUCCCAUAGAGAAGAAGACACAACCAAAUAGACAGGACCAUAUGUUAAUUACGUAGUCUGUCAGCCCGUCUCAGGAGGCACGACAGCUCAAACACAAGCAGCCCAAGCAAUGUUCUUAUAUUGAUAUUUUAAUUGGUGUCUUUUGUAGUGUGAGCCAUUUUGAGUGUCUCCAUGGAAAUUUGAACUAUAAUUUCUUUAUUUUUCUAUCAGCCACACAUGAAUCCAAUGUGACUCAUGCGAGCAGAUGGUAGAAAUAACAAGGACUAGACAAAUUAAAAAGAAAGUCUUAUGUGGAUUUAUGUUACCUACGUCUCACCUAAAGAGCCUUAACCAGGGUGUGAAAUAACAAAGGAACAUGUGAAAAUCUAUAGUAAAUUUUAUGUGGAUAUCCCAUAAUUACUUGGAUUAGGAGAUGAUAGCUUUAGUACUGCUCAGUGAUUCUCUGUGUUGCACAUAAAUACUCUGAAAUAUAAAUAAGGGGUCAUCUGGGAUCGUGUUUUAUGAGCAUGGUGAAUCUGUUGUGUAAUAGACGAAUAAAUGAUCCUUCAUUACUACCCCGUCUUCAUUGAUCCAAUGAUUAUUUGUAGUCUAUGUGUGAGGAGAUACAGUACCUGGCACACUUGGGGUGUGUCCUAAUAAUAUCUAUUUUCUCCCGAAGUUUACACUCAUUCAGUACUUCCCACAAAUCUAAAAGCAUUGGAUUGGUGGAGGCAUGGGCUAGUGGAAGUUUCCACCAUAUUUUGUUAUAGCAGUAAUUUCUUGUGAGCAAGUGCCCACUUUGGGAGGAAGGAGAUCUAAUUGGGACAUAGACAAGGACUAUUUAUUACAAACGUUUGCGAUCAAAUCCCAUUUCUGAUCCAAAUACCUUUUUGAGCUGUUGUGUAACUUUACUAGAAAUAAAAAAUGAUGUGUGGAAAUGUCAAACUAGUUUUUUUGAGUACAUCCAGAAAAACGUCCCAUUCAUUGAUAGUGACCAGGGCCCUUUGGAAAAAGGCCACCGUCACCUGAAAAACAUCCCACUAGUCCCUGAAUGGCAUCUCUUACUUAACUGACAUUUCUAGAGCGUUCACUUUCUCAGAGAAUAUACAAAGUUCUGCGUUAACCCGAGGAAGCGCAUUAUUAAAAAUCAAUCAGUGCUUCGAGAGUCGAAAUCCCCUCGUAUAGAUGUCACGAGGCAACGUGCUGUCUUCCCGGUUAUGGGAAUUAAGAAUGAAUAAUGGAGUACACCACCGGUGGUGCUGAGUGGAAACGUGAGCCUUCUGCAGUGGAAGUACACUCGCUGCACUGUAGGAUCAAAGCUAUUUAUUUAUGUACAGUCACAGCGGGGAAGUAUUGACGUUAUUGACGAUUGGGGUAAAAAAAUUAAAAUAAUAAUCAUGUUUAAUUGUUAGAGGUGCUUCAAAACUGAGUAUGUGUUUGUCCUCUCUCUCUCACAGGUAAAUAUUUUCCUUUUUCUGCUCUGUUAUAAUAAUUGAAUAAUAAUUGAUUGGAUUUAUUUGGUAAUAUUAUUUAUCUGGUUUUCUCCAGUAGCUCAAAGUGCUUUGCAUAGUAAGAGAGAAGUCACUUCAUCCACGACCAAUGUGUAGCACCCACCUAGGUGAAGCCACAUGGAUAAUUAGGUGACCAUAAUGGAAUGAGGCCAAGUUGGGAAUACAGCCAGGACACCAGGGUUAACAACCCUACGGUUCCAAUAAGUUCUAAAUGAUCACAAAGAGUCAGGAAAUCCUUUUAAGCUGUGAUGUUCAAAUCCUGCUUGUGUGCCAUUGGUGGACAUUGGAAUCAAAUAUCAGUAGCUUUGGGUUUACAUUUACAUUUUAGUCAUUUAGCAGACGCUCUUAUCCAGAGCGACUUACAGUUAGUGAGUGCAUACAUUUUCAUACUGGUUAUGGAAAAUGCUAUUAAGAAUGAAUAAUGGUUUGUACUCUUUGAGACAUGAAUUGUCAUUCCACGAACACCUAGCUAACUAAGGAGAUGAGGCUGAAACAAUCAAUAAUUUAUAUCAUCAAUGAACACCUACAAAAUAGGGAUUUCAAAUUACUCCAACAUACUGUACAUAUACUUAAUUUGACAUCAAUAUGGAUAUUGGUUAAAACCCUCCCGUUGUCCUAGGGUCAAAAUGACCCGCCACUGUGUUAAACCAACUUUAUUUAAUUUUAUAUUUUUUGGGAUCAUUUGUGAGAAGGAGGCAGUGAUACUUUCUUUAAAGUCUCACUGCCUCCUUCUCACAAAUGAUCCAAAAAAUAUAAAAAUUAAAUACAGUUGGUUCAACACAGUGGCUGGUCAUUUUGACCCUAGGACAACGGGAGGGUUAAUUAAGGUCUAUUAUAAGGAGAGCAGCAUACAGAAUGUCCCACAAAUAUGAGGCCUCACCAUGGACACGCCAGCCAUCUGUCCUCUCACCUGUGCCCACCAUGGGUAGCCUAGGCUUGAUGUGCAUUCCCAGUAAUACACCCGUGUCCCCUGUGGACCGGCUUGUAUAGAAAGCAUCCUCCAUUCAGGCUGCAAAGGCAUCAUUUCCCUCCUUAACUAGCUUUAAUGGCGAGAAGGUGGAAAAAAACAGGGAAAAUAUGCACUUUCGUAUUUUCGGAUAACUUGGAUGUUGCACACCGCAUUCAGCCAAGGGUGUCCAAUAUCCACCAUUGAAUAUGGUGAUGGAAAAUGGUGUUUCAUAAAGAAAGUAUGCAUAUUUGGAAGAAAAUCUACCUUCUCGCUUUAUAGCUAUUUAAGGAAGAAAAGUAUGCCUUUGCAGCCUGAAUGGAGGAUGCUUUAUGUACGAGCCGGUCCACAGAGGACAGAUCUGCACUAUCAGCUGCCUAGGCUACACCAUUGUCAUCGUCCAGAUGUUCCACUUAUCACACUUGACUGGCACAUCUUUAAAUGAUACAAUUAGGCAGAAUAUCCAUCCAGAAAGAGAUCUCAUCUGGAACAAUUGGAGCUCCUAGCUUUCCCUCGGCUUCGAAACACAUUUAGCAAGUCUCGCAUAAUUACGAAUCCACCUGGGGGACGUUUGGGGAAGAAAAGGGAACAUCAGUGACCGUGGAUUGGAACAUGUUUGGCUAGGCAGAGGCUGCUUGUAUGAGUGUUUUUCUGUCUGCAAUACAAUGCAAGUGUUUUGUAGGCUAUUCGGUUGCUGCUAGUACGAGUGUGUUUUUCCGCAGGUGUACUUUAGAGACAAAUGGCCGUGUUUCAUUACUGUUUCCCACACUAGCUUCACUUGGUCUUGUCCUUUGGUCAUUAGUACAAGGUCAAACCGAGUAAAGGUUGCUCCACCAUGGCUUUCCAAUCUCUUCCUAACCUUUAGAAUUGAAUUAGGAUAGGUACAUUUAUUGAUAUUGUCAGACAUAUUUUAAUAUCAACAUGGCUUCAUAUAUUAAAUCUGACUGUGUGAUCCAUAUUCUGGGGAGAGAUUUAGACUGUUACUUUGAUCUGUCCCGGUCUGACUCAUUUAUAUUUACCACUCAAAAGUGCCUUAGCCUCUUCUUGAUCUCCCUUUGCAGUGGGACAAAUGAUUAAUGGUACGCUAUGCUACAUUCAUCUAACUCUACACUCUUGUUUCCCCUCUUGUUUUUUUUUUACAUAGGAUGAUUCCCGUGGCCAGCAAAGCCUUCUUGGUCACCAACCUGGUCCAAGGGAUGCAGUAUGACUUAUGUGUCCUGGCUAUCUGGGACGACACCGCCACAACCCUAACUGCCACCAACGUGGUGGGCUGUGUCCAGUUCAUCACCCGUGAUGAAUACCCACAGUGCCAGUCACUCCACAGCCAGCUCCUGGGUGGCACCAUGAUCCUGGUGAUUGGUGGCAUCAUCGUGGCCACGCUCCUCGUCUUCAUCAUCAUCCUCAUGGUUCGGUACAAAGUGUGCAGCAGCACCCAGUCCAGCAAGCUGCCUGUGGUUAGCAACACGUACUCGCAGACCAAUGGAGGCUUGAACCGGCUCAAUGGUGUCCCGCCGCCACAGGUCAAACCUCAGACCACGACCACAGUGGUGGUCAUGCGGGAUGAGUUGGUGGAGUUCAAAUGUGGAUCGCUCCAGAGCAGCCUCUCCUCGUCUUCGUCUGACUCGCUGGACACUCGCGACGCUAGAGGCAGACUAGGAGACAAGGGACCAGUACAGUCUUCGGAACAGCAAGUGCAGCACACUCCCCAGCACCAGUAAGUGGAGGAGGCAUGGGAGGCCAUCGUCGGUCAAGGCCAGGCCCAACUUGGACAACCUUUUAGGGGCCUUUGUCUCACUGGAGCUCCGUGGCACGGCUACGACAAGGGACCAUGGGGUGUCUUGUUCCUCCACCACAACCUCCAGUGCAUUGGUGGCCAUAACCAAGGCCCCUCCAUCUGACAAGGAACCCUUGCUGGGCCGGGCCGAGUCCACCACCAUGCUGGGGCAUUUACUAGGCCUGUCCCAGGAAGGGAUGCCCAAGAGGAGCCACUCAUUUGACUACGGCCACGUGGGUAGCAGCGGCGGCGCACAGAGCCUCAGCAGCUACCCCCGUCGCAUCAGCAACAUCUGGACUAAGAGGAGCCUGUCAGUCAAUGGGAUGCUACUGCAGUACGACGACAGCGAAGACGGUGAGGGCGGAAUGGCGCCGUUCAAGAGCUCGGAGUGGGUGAUGGAGAGCACGGUUUGA